AUGGAUGUCAAUGCCAGCGCGGUCUCACCCUCCGGAACUCCUCUGCCCUGGCAAGUCCCCGACAGGGGACCGCUCCAUCUUGCCAUCGUCGUCACGCUGGCCUUGACCGGGCUGUUGAUUUAUUCGCUAAGAGCCUUCACUCGUGGAAGGCUCGUUCGUUCGUUCGCCAUCGAUGAUGGGCUCAUGGUACUGGCCGCUCUAUGCACAAUAGGAAUCUUCAUCACAUUCACUGGAGUCGUAGAGCUUGGUAUCGGGCAGCAGGAGGAUGGCUAUGUCUUACCGGUCAGCAAGACCGUUCAGAUGGGCCCAUGGAUGUGGGCGUUGAAUUCACUCGUCAUCUUAGGGCUGGGUGCUGUUAAGCUAUCGGCUACUUUUACCCUUCUACCUCUGGCUGACGCCGGGAGUCGUUCGUGCUUGCUGAUGGCACGCACUAUUCUUCUCAUCGGACUCAUGUUACUAGUAUUCUGGCACACGGUUGAGUGGUUCAUAUCACUCCUCGCUCAAUGUGUCCCUCUAGUAGCAGCCUGGGACCUUUCAGAUGCUAGGGCAUUGUGCAUGUCGCAGAGCGAGUCGAAGCACUGGGCUCUGGCGAACUACCCCAUCAAUGCUGCAUCAAGUCUGCUAUUGACCUUGUUCACGAUCCCUAUUGCCGUGAGCUCUUCGUUGAAGCUCGGUUCUACCCUACAUCUUCUUGCGGUGGUAUCUUUGGGACUCUUUGCAUGCGCGGCAGCUAUCAUCAGAACCUGGAUGGUCGUCACGUCAUGGGCUGAGGUCGGCUAUCGCAACAACUUCGACUUAAACUUCACCACGUGGGGAAUUUGCGAGUUCCUGACCGCGAUGAUAGCUGUUAACCUUAGCACCUUAUUGCCUCUCGGUAGAGCAAUCCGCAGUCCCGCCAAUGCUGCCCGUGACGCUCCACGUUCCGUUGGCAUCUCCGGUCCCGUAGCCGGUAGCACCGUCCACCUACUCCAUGGCGAUGUCGACGAGGUAGUUCCUAGCUACUCCGAGACUUACCCAGAGGAAACAAACCAUUCUUACAACUCCCGCUAUUCAGGUCAGACAGUCAUCUACAGGCCCGACACAGCUUAUUUCCCCUCCCACUUUCAACAAGGCAACCACAGCUUAUCGCGUUUCCACGACGACGAAUCAAAUCUCGACUUUGACAUUGAGGCUCCGUCGACACGGUCCAGCCCUCCUCGUAAGACAACGAAACUAGGGCCGUCGUCACGCUUCUCCGCGUCAACAGUCAGCACACACACACGUAGAGUGAGUGACUGGUCACAGCUCAGUGGAGACUCACACAAAGACUCUGAAGCCGAUUUCGAGAAAGAAAAGGGUGGAAGAGUCAGAGUGAGCGCAGUGGAACUUGAGGAGAUUGUGAAGAGCCUAGGCCUCAAGAGACAUGGUAGUCAUAGGACCUGGGACAAGGAGCUAGGCUCAUCCGAGGAUAAGAGCGAAGAUGGAGGAAGCAGUGUUGCACCAACAAUAUACCUCGAAGACGACGACGUAGAGUUAGAUGGAGCUGGAGACAUAUGCACAUGCCCAGCGCCAAGGGCAAGGGAUGACGCGAGUAUGCGGGCUGAAGCAGACUCGAGCGAGGUCACUGUGAUACGCAUACGUGGCAGCGCGAAAUGCAGCCUCCAUAGACAGGAGGCUGGCGCUCGACCGGCUCAUUCGCGACUCAACUCUGGAGAGUGGAUCGCGCGCGCAUCGUGA